AUGGCUUCUCGCGCAAUUCCUUCCCACCUCAAGCCCUCCGCCGCUGAGGGUGAUGGUUUCUCUCCUCGCCAUCACGGCAAGACACAGUCUCAUGUGGCUUUUGAGAACACAUCCACCAAUGUGGCUGCUUCGCAGAUGCGAAAUGCCCUCAACCAGCUCGCUGACAGCGUCUCGGACCCGGCCGAGAAGAAGUACUUCGAGACUGAGAUGGACAACUUCUUUGCCCUGUUCCGCCGAUACCUGAACGACAAGGCCAAGGGCAAUGCCAUCGACUGGAACCGUAUCGCGCCCCCGAAGGCUGAGCAGGUCGUCAACUACGAGGACCUCGCCAACUCUGAGGGUGUCGAAUACCUGAAUAAGCUCGCGGUCGUCAAGCUCAACGGUGGUCUCGGUACCUCCAUGGGUUGCGUUGGCCCCAAGUCGGUCAUUGAGGUCCGUGACGGCAUGUCCUUCCUCGACUUGUCGGUGCGCCAGAUCGAGUACCUGAACCGCACAUACGACGUCAACGUGCCAUUUGUCCUGAUGAACUCGUUCAACACGGACACUGACACCGCGAGCAUCAUCAAGAAGUACGAGGGCCACAACAUCGACAUCCUCACCUUCAACCAGUCCAAGUACCCGCGUAUCCUCAAGGACUCGCUGCUGCCCGCCCCCAAGAGCUCAGACUCUGACAUUGCCAACUGGUACCCACCCGGUCACGGUGACGUUUUCGAGUCGCUGUACAACGCUGGCAUGAUUGACAAGCUGGCUGAGCGCGGUAUCGAGUACAUUUUCCUCUCCAACGCCGACAACCUCGGUGCCGUCGUCGAUCUCCGCAUCCUGCAGCACAUGGUUGACUCCAAGGCUGAGUACAUUAUGGAGUUGACCGACAAGACAAAGGCCGACGUCAAGGGUGGUACCAUCAUUGACUACGAGGGCUCCGUCCGUCUGCUUGAAAUCGCCCAGGUGCCCAAGGAGCACGUCAACGAGUUCAAGUCGAUCAAGAAGUUCAAGUACUUCAACACCAACAACAUCUGGAUGAACCUGAGCGCCAUCAAGCGCGUUGUAGAGAGCAACGAGCUGGCUAUGGAGAUCAUCCCCAACGGCAAGUCGAUCCCUGCCGAUAAGAAGGGCGAGGCCGAUCUUUCGGUCCUCCAGCUCGAGACUGCUGUCGGUGCUGCCAUCAAGCACUUCAAGAACGCACACGGUGUCAACGUUCCCCGUAGACGUUUCUUGCCCGUCAAGACAUGCUCUGACCUGAUGCUCGUCAAGUCGGAUCUGUACACACUCCAGCACGGCCAGCUGGUGAUUGACCCCAACCGUUUCGGCCCUGCCCCUCUCAUCAAGUUGGGCAGCGACUUCAAGAAGGUCUCCAGCUUCCAGUCCCGCAUUCCCUCCAUCCCCAAGAUUGUCGAGCUUGACCACUUGACCAUCACCGGCCCCGUCAACCUCGGCCGUGGCGUUACUCUCAAGGGCACUGUCAUCAUUGUCGCGACGGAAGGCUCGACCAUCGACAUCCCUCCCGGUUCGAUCCUGGAGAACGUUGUCGUCCAGGGUUCGCUCAGGUUGCUCGAGCACUAA